GUGCUGCAGCAUUCCUUAACCACCGACAACCCCAGGCUGUGGCUUAUGGGGCGGAAAUCAGUGGCGGUGGCGCCCACAGAGACUGGAACACCAUUAACUCCUCGUGGGUGCCCUUCCGCACCCCAAACCUCCCGUUUUUCUGCCGGUAUAGGGCCAGGCUGACCCAAAAACGGGGGGAAAGGAGGGUGAAUUUGAGGCAGGACGGGGGAACCCGGUUUGGAUAUGACUGACGCUUCCACCUGCUCAAUCCAGGAGCUGCGGGAACGAGUCCUUCGUGGCAAAUACCGCGUGCCCUUCUACAUGUCCACGGACUGCGAGAACAUCCUGCGACGCUUCUUGGUCCUGAACCCCUCCAAGCGCUGCACACUGGAGCAAAUCAUGAAGGACAAGUGGAUCAAUAUUGGCUACGAGGGGGACGAACUAAAACCCUAUAAAGAGCCGGAAGAGGAUUUCGCAGAUGCCAAGCGCAUCGAAGUGAUGGUGGGCAUGGGCUACACCCGCGAAGAGAUCAAGGAAGCCCUGACCAGCCAGAAGUACAACGAGGUCACGGCUACCUACCUCCUGCUGGGCAGGAAGAACGAGCAGGUGGAAGGGGGCGAGUCUCGCACGGGCAGCAGCCUCUCACUGGCCCGGGUGCGGGCGCCCAGCGAGGUUUCCAACGGCACCAGCAAGUCCUCUUCGUCUCACUCCAAGAGCCAGCGGAGCUCCUCCACUUACCACCGGCAGCGGCGGCACAGCGAUUUCUGCGGCCCAUCCCCAGUGCCCAUGCACCCCAAGCGCAGCCCCACCAGCACGGGGGACGGGGAGCUGAAAGAGGAGCGCAUGCCUUCGCGCAAGGCCAGCUGCAGCGUCGUCAGCAGUAGCGGCAGAGGCAUCCCGCCCUCAAGCCCCAUGGUGAGCAGUGCCAAUAACCCCAACAAAUCUGAGAUCCCCGAUCGCCGCAAGGACAGUGCCGUGAACACGAAUAACAUUCCCUCGAGUAUGAUGACCCGGAGGAAUACCUACGUCUGUACGGAUCGGCCCGGCGGAGAACGACACUCCCUGCUCCAGAACGGAAAGGAGAACAGCUCUGCCACCAGUCGUGUGCCCCCUGCCUCCCCCUCCAGCCACAGCAUCGCCACCUCGUCCACCUCCUCGGACCGCACCCGGCUGUCUCGCGGCACCAACAUCCGCAGCACCUUUCACGGGGGCCAGGUGCGGGACCGGCGUGGGACCGGCGUUCAGAACGGACCCCCCACCUCGCCCACGCUCUCCCACGAAGCCACCCCUCUGCCUCAGAGCCGCAGCCGCGCCACCUCCAACCUCUUCAGCAAGCUCACGUCGAAACUCACGCGGAGGUCUGAGCUAAGCUCUAUGGCUCCACCCCCUCCCCGGGAGCUCUUAAGCAAGGCUGGGGUCGCAGACGAACCUGAGAGAAUCAGGGGACCUGCGCUCACAAGUUGCAAUCUACCUUGGCAUCAAAAGGAAGCAGAACCCCGGCUGCUCCGAUUUACCUGGAAUGUGAAGCUGACCAGCACCCGCUCAGCCGAGGCCAUUCUGGCUGCCCUCCGCCAGGCCACGGACUCCGCCAGCUGCUGCUGCCGCCAGACGGAGCCCUUCGUCCUGUCCUGCACCCACGAGAAAAGCCCCAGCGAGCACUUCUGCUCCUUCGAGGUGGAGGUGUGUCGCCUGCAGCGCCUGGGCGGCCUCCACGGUGUCCUCUUCCGGCGCCAGGCGGGCACCUCCCUGGCCUUCCGCACCCUGGUGGCAAAAAUCUCGGACCAGCUGCAGCUCUAGGCCAGCGGCAGGGGAGCAGUGCUGGCUGGCGGGGCUUCUUCCUUCCGCGCCAACCCCACGGGCUGUUGGGGGGCCAGAGAGGGGGCGUGACCCUCGGCCGCCCUCUCUGUUGCGUCCCCCCGGGGGCUUUUAUCUGGGGCCUGAUCCUGCUGCCUGAUAGGACGAGGAGCUGCUCUUGGGGGGCUCCCACCGGCCUGCCCGCUGCGCUAGGGGCUGUGGGGUUGGGGGAGGGGAAAGAGAGGGGGGCGUUGAGGAAAGGGGGUCAUGCCAGCGUCACCGCCACCACCAGGGCCGGCUUCGCCCUCGCCACCAUACCUGGCACAAGGAUCGCCUCUAGGGGUGUCCCCGGAUCGCGUUAGGGGGGUCCACAGCUGCUACGGGAAUCUUAAAGGGGGGAGCUCUCUCUCUCGGCCUGCCUCCCUUCUUGAGGUUUUUUUUUUGGGGGGGGGCUUUACUCAGUUAACUAGCAGACGCAUGGCACGGGGAGCCUCGAAAGCAAAAGAGGGGGUCUUUGGCAAAUUGUGGUGUUGCAGACCCCUCUCCCACCCACUUUGCCAUUGUAGGAGAGAGUGUAGGAACUGGGAUCCCUGCAAAGCAGGGGUCUCUCAGAGACCCUUGAGACCCCCCAGGUAUAGGUCAGUAUAUAAAUUCAAUAAAUAAAAUAAUAAUAAAAAUUUAGCCCCCCCCCCGCCGGCCCCCUGCUUCCAUCCAUUGGCAAAUGCUACACCCAGAAGUUGCAAACUUUCCCUCUUGCAAACCACUAUUUCGGGUGGGUGUCCAAAUUCCAGCUCCAUUUUAGUAUUUGGGACACAAUUAUGUCUCUGGCUGAUGCGAAUCCUAGUUCUUUUUUGGGGGGGCUGUUUGAUUGCCAGAGAGCUGGGGGUGCAGCUCCCACCCGAAGCCCGGCAGCCAACGGCCACAAAGCAAAAUCUGCCAAAGUGUCUCUGGAGUGGGGACCCCGGCCUUUAGCCAAACUUGGGGGGCAAUGUUGCCAAAAGAGGAUAUCCUCUUGCCCAGGCAGUGGUGGUGAGAAGCAGGGGGAGAGUUGGGGGGUUCUGGGGAUGGCGUGACCCCGUCUUGCCGAGGGGCUGGCUUGGCCCACGAGGGCAGUUUUGGGUCCCGGUCGGUGCUCAGCCCGCUGGCUGCAGGAUACGGCUGCCGCCAUUCAACCGGUGCAGCAGCCGUGGUGGUAGAAGGCCGCUGAGCUUCUGCUCCUCUCGGGGAGGGUGGGUUGGGGGGUUGGGUUUUGGCUUCUCCUGUUGAACUUCCCCUGCAGCGCACCAAGGCCUUGAGUGGCGGACCGGCCCCCUCACCGCCAUUCCCCACCAGCCCCACAUCGCUAGACUAACAACGACAACAACACACACUCGCAAACUAGAACCCCGGUGCUGAGACGGCCUUCUCGAGAGGAGGCUGGCCCUCCCGGCGGUCGCUUCAAGGGCUCAGAUCCAUCGUCCUGACAGCUGGGGCCCCCGCCAGAGCUGGUGCAAUGUUGGGGGGGUUGCAGCUCCCCUCAGGAGGGGAGGGGCAGCGUCCAACCCCCUCCCCAAAGAGAAAAGGCUGCUUCUCGCACACCGGACAAACGGGCAUUGCACACUGGUUCGGGCACAGCCGCCAUGCUCCCUUGCCUUCUCUUGCUCGCCUGGGAAAUGGGCUCAGCGGUGCGGAGGGGGCCUUGCGGCCAGCACCCCCCACAUCCCGGGGCGGAGGAGAGGGGCAGCCUGGUCUGUGGUGGUGGGGCGACUUUGGGGGGGGGUCCCGGCGGAGCUCACGGGCAACAGUGGCGACACGAAAUUUGGCAGCUCUGGCGGGGAGAAAUUUUGAGUGGGUUUCCUUCCCCCUGCCCCCUUUUCCCCCUUGCUCCUUUCGCCUCACCCCACUUCUGUACACUGGGUCCCCCUGCUGUGACCUCCCCCCCUUCCUCCCAGACCCUGCCUCUUUGGGCGCACACCCCUCCCCAUCUGUACAGACUCCCCUGUAAAUAAUUGUCCGGUUAGCCCCCGUUAUCAUUGGGUUAGCGAUAUUAUUAAAUGAGCCCACCCUUUAGCCUUGGGACGAUUGUAAGUUAUUCCGGCCCCAGAGCGACAGUUCUGUACCAAACCCUUAAUAAACGUAGAAAGCCUC